CCUACUACUAGGACCAAACAAAGCAUCAACCACAAACAUAAAGAUAUGAAGUUAGGCUUCCCAACCACCUUGUUACUCAUCUUCUUCCUUCUCAAACUACCCAAUCAAGUAGCCGUUAACGGUGACGACGAGCCAUGGCUAAACGCACCUGCACCGACACCCACACCAUGGCCCGAACAAUUCCAUGCCCUUUUGUAUAUGAACCUGACCAGUACCCACCUCCAACUAAGCGACCUCUGGUAUGAUUGGCCCAAAGGUCGCAACGUUAAUAUUUUCCAAAAACAACUUGGUAUACUGCUUUACGACAUCGAGUGGAAUAAUGGCACGUCGUUUUACUACACAUUUGGGGAGGAUGCCUAUUGCCAAAAUGUGGAUUUUGGUGUCGGUAUCCCACGACCAGAUUUUCUUGACGGGGCACAUUAUCUAGGGAGGGUAGUGACCGAUGGAUUCUUGUGUGAUUUGUGGGAGAAGGUGGACUUCAUUUGGUAUUAUGAAGAUGUGGUCACAAAGAGACCGGUUCGUUGGGACUUUUACGACGGGAUUUCUUCGCACGUCAUGACUUUUGAGAUUGGAGCAGUUUUGCCGGAUUCAGUAGUGCAAGCACCUGCGUACUGUUUUACUGAGGCCAUAUGAUGGGAAUGAUUUCUCUACGCAGGACACAUGAGUUCAAAUCUUUUCCUCUGAUCGGCUUUCUUGAAGAAGAAAAAAAAAUCACUUUCUUAGACAUCUGAAUGUUUAAUAUUUUUUGCUUUCCGUUUAUUACCAUAAAAAAUAUUUAAAUCAUGCUUGACGAUAUAUACUAACGAAAAUUGUAAUACUUACGAAUUUCAAGUUACCUAUUUAGCCGUAGUUACAAUCGUAAUCGAUCUUAGAUUUACAGUAUUAUCGUGAAUCAGUUUUUGAUGAUAAUCUAGAUAACUGAUUUCUAAAUAGCAAUUUGAGUAAAUAUAUAAGGUGCUUCGUUC